UUAGUGAUGCAAGGCUGUGGUUUACUCAACAGCUUUAGUGCAGUGUGGAAGUAGGAGAGAAAUGAACUGCACACGUUUUAACCUUGAUUACUAAGCAGGGGGUGGAGGUACUGAGAGAGAGUUUAAGAGAGAAGGAAACCAGGGAAAGAAAGGGCAGAUUUCAAAACUUCUUGGUGUAUCAGGGAGACGAUUUCAGUUCUUUCUGUCUUUCAGCUGACCUUCCAUCCUUUCCUUCAUCUCAUCGGCUGAUCUACUGCAAAAUGGAAACAGACUCUGUGACUUGCCCUCAGAAAUCUGAAUCCCAGGAUGAAUGCAGUAGUGAAGAAGGAAAAUUUCACUUCACUGAUGAUAGGGAAACAGCCAUGCAAGACAUGAAAAAGAAGGACAAAGAAGCUAUUAGUGGGUUAGAAAAAACAAAAACACCGGACAGCAGUUUCUCUCCUCAACCUCACAAUCAUCCCAUCUCCUCACCAGCAGAUGGAGUCAUUGAGACAACAAUGGAAGACUUGAACAGUACAGUUGAAAAUGAUCCGAAUGGUGAUCAGGAGUGGCCUCAAGUGCCAGGUCUGGAAGAAGAUAUCCAACCAGAGAGGAAUGAGUGUCAGGCCAUUGAGAUUCAGGAUGAGGUGAAGGAAAACACUGAAACCAGGGAACAUGCUCAGACAUCUGUGCAUGAUACUGAGGGUGAGGAACCUGUUACCAUGACACCGGUAGACAAAGGCUCACCACAGAUACAAAAUGUGGCCAAUGAAGAGGGACAUGAGCUUGAAUCACAUGGUGACUCUGACUCAAUUGUGUUCUUAUCAGAAAACAGUGUAGAGCAAAAUAUAGACUGCAAACCUGUGGACUUUGCCACCACCAGGGAUCAGUGGGUGAGACGGGACAGUCGUUGUGAUGAACCAUCAAACCUGACGUAUUCCAGGAGCUCUUCACAAUAUCUUCUCUCUGAGACCGAACAUUCAUCAAGCACCCAAAGUGAAUCCACAACUGAUCCUGUGGUUAAUGCCGAGAACAUCCAGCAAGGGGAGCUUGAGGUAAACAACCCAAGCAGUCUGAAUGAGAAUGAGGUAGUACAACAGGUGUGUGGUGCUGAUCCGCCCCUAGAAACAGUUGCAGGUGAGCCAACCAAUCCAGAGCAAGCUAACUCUGCCUGUAUCUCUACCGAAGUAAAAGAGCCAUUGAUAAUGCCACAGGGGAGGAGGAACAGUAAAAGGGAGGAGAGAGAGGGUGGUGAAACCGGUGAAGAGCGAAAGCAAACAGUGUGUUUCACAGAAACAGGUGGGACCGGAGGAAAGCAGCAGGGGGAAGUUAAAGAUCAAAGACAGGAACAGGAAAACAACGGACAGAGAGCAGAGUCCCAGUCAAACACAAAGUCUCAUUUGGGAGAAGGGAAAGUAAACAGAAUGCAGGUGGAUCAUUUUGAUGACAGCCAGAGUGAUAGUGGCGUAUCAGCAGACUUCUCCCCCAACAGCACAACAGAUGUCUUGGAGGGCCAUGAUAAUGAAGCUCCUCAGCCCUCUGAAUCUCCACCAAACGAAACUCCCAUUGAGAGAGAGAUCCGUUUGACCAUGAAGAGAGAGCAGAGUCUACGGCGUUCUCGAGGACUGUGCGACACAACUGACAGGACUAAUGAGUUUGUGGAAAUUCCAUUGAGAAGACCUAUUCUAUCCCAGGACCCCCAGAUAAGACCCAACCCAAGCCACGGCAAAGACCGGCAGUUUGCUGGAAAGAAGAUGCAGAAGGAAAUCAGCGCAGAGACAGAGAGGGAGAAGGUUCUGGUUGAACUGGGCCGACUACCUGGGUUCUACGACAAGGGAACAGAGGUACAGCUUCAAGAAAAAAAGCAGCUUUUUGAGUCAUUCCAAGAGCCGAAGGAAUCAGUGGCAACCAGAUCUGCCUCAAACUUCACCGCAGAGACUGCCGCUGGAAUACAGGAAGUUGAUUCUGUUGCUGAUGUUAAACAACGCUUAAUGCAAUUCUCACAAAAUUCUCCCACCCCACCAGCUACGGCCCAUUAUGGAGGCACCAAUGGCAACCCGCCUGCUGCUCGAGGACCUGGUCUAUCUGAGGGAAUCAAGGGCCAGAUAAUCAUCAUAGAGUCCAACGCUAUUCCCACAACUGUGGGAGGACCAAACGGAGGUUAUAAGACAACCUCAUGGACAGAUGGAGGAUCUGUGAAAGAGAUGAAUUCAGCGGGUGUGAGGGCUUCUUCUGAUGAGCCUGUCAGAGCAAGACAAAGUCCGAAUUUAGAAGGGAUUGAAAAUGAAGAUUUGAGAAUAGUGAAAGAGAACCCUUUCUUCAAGCUCCGCUCUUCUAUGAGUCUGCAGUCUCAGGUGGAGCUGGACAUUAAGGAGGCUAAGAAGAGGGAACAAGAACUACAGAGACAGAGAAACAGUCUUUAUGGAGGAGCAGCCAUGUAUACAGACGAAGGCAGUGGAACAGGAAUGGAUUUGAGGACAGAAAUUAGAGUGAAAGAGGAAAGGGGAACCUCUAGCCAAGAGAUCCCCCCACCUCAAUGGACAAAUUUGACUCCAGCAGGCCACCAAUCAGAGACGUUAACCACCACUACGUCAGGUGAGUCAUUAUAAGCAGCAUGUGAAAAUUGGUUUC